AUGGAUUGGUGGCGUAGAGUGAGAAGGGUUUGGGCUGCUGUCACUUCCUGUGUCAAGCCUCGUGAAACUACGGGUAAGUAUGACAAUAGUAGUAUUAAUGGCAGCGGUGGUCACAUUGCGGAAGGUCUAUUAAAACUUCGUGACGACGUACAAACGUGUGAAUACCAAGAUGUGCAUGUGAUGUGGAACAUAUUAAGUCGAUCGGAUCCUCAACAGAUGAUAGCAUCAUCAGCUGGGACUCAGUCUUCCCAACGUACCAAAUCCAGGCAGUACCUUUGGAGGAAUGUCAUUUGGUCCAAUCACAAAAGGGCCUCUCCAUUCCCUCCCUUCAACUGA